AUGGCAACGGCCGCUUUGACGAAUUCUCCGGCGGUGACGAGUAAAGGCUUCAGUUGUCCACUCCUCUCCUGUGGUCGUUUGUUCAAAAGACUAGAACAUUUGAAACGACACGUACGCACACAUACCCAAGAAAAGCCGUACGUAUGCCCUAAGUGUGACAAACGAUUUAGUCGCAGCGAUAAUCUACACCAACAUAACAAAACUCACGAUAGAGCUGCACGGGGGGAACGAUUAAAGACGGAGGCGUCUGAGACCACCGAGGAUGAUAUGGCUGCAUAUUUGGAAGCCGAAGUCGAUGCGAUGGCUGCAAGGGAGGGUCGCGCGUAUGUCUUGCCGAUGGAAUUGGGUCACUCAGGAGAUCCGCACAUGAGAGGAUUUGGAGAUGUCUCAAACAGACUCGGUGAGUAG